GUGAGCAAUCUCAGGGAGCAAAACACUAAUACAGAGAAACUUCCCUUGCCAUUGCCUUUGAUGGAGGGUAUUUUGCAUCGUGUAGUGAGCAAGAAAUAUCUGUCUGCCUUGUUCGAUGCUUAUGAUCAGAUCCGUGUUACUCCAGAGCACAUAGAUCGAAAUGCUAUGAUAUGGUUAGUAAUGCAGCAAGGUGACUGCAACGCUGUGGCCACUUCGACGUUUAUGGAUGCGUAUUUAGAUAGAACAUAU